AUGCCAAGGGUCACUGUCCUCUAAAGUCAAAAGUUCCCGAAUUGCACAUUCCAGAAGGUCAGUUGUGUGGCAGAUGAAAUGAUCAAGCUUGCAGACAAAUACUGCAAAGAUGAUGCCAGUCCUGACUGCUAUGAUAAAGGCAAGGCUACAAAGAUAUCUGAGAAGUCAUGUGGAAAGGACUCUCCAUUCCCUAAACAUCCAGGCAUCGAGCAGUGCUGUAAACUUCAGGGUCAAGAGAGGAAACUUUGUCUGGCCUCACUACGGUACUCUGCAGAUGAGCUGCCUUCCCUACUGGCAAAUGAAGAGAACUGCACUUAGUUCACCAUGCUGUCAGGUGAGAUUUGUCCCAUUAGGUAUGUGUACAAGUUUGCCCAGAGGCACAGAAACAUCCCAGCAGGCUUUGUUCUUAAUGCUACUCAAAAUCAUGUAAGAAUGGCAGAGAGAUGUUGCUGCCAUGCUGGCAAACACUCUUGUUUCCUCCAAGAGAGACUCCAGAUGAGAAGCUCCAACAGGUUUCUGAGGUUUCUCUCCAAUGUUUGCAACAACCAAGUUGUUUUGAAAUCCUUCAAGUUUUGGUUGUCUGCAUAUUAUGGAAAUCUCCAAGGGCUGUCCUUUAAAGAGGCAUCAGCCAUAUCUGGUUGUUUUCAGUCCAGGCUGGAAAAAUGCUGUUUACAGCACCAACCUGAAUGUAUAAUUCAAGAGAUACUUCUAAUUGGAGUGACACAUGCCUCCAUUUCUCUUCCUGUGCUGACGACUGUUCUCGAUCGAAUAAAGAUCACAGUAACGGCCUGCUGUUCAUCUGCAGAUAUCACAGUGUGUUUAACGGAGAAGGAGAAUAAACUGAAAAAGACUACAUCACUUCUGUCCAAGUUGGAUGAUUGUUCGCAGUACUUCAGACUGGACCUGCCUUCGUUCAAAACGUUGAUGCAGAAGGAGGUGCAGGGGGAGGGCUUUGGUGGACUUGGGCACAUCCUUCUGUUCCCAGCGCUCCCGGCCCAACUGUGUCAAAAGCUGACAGAGGAUGUUAUUAAAUAUGAUGAUGACACUGUUUAA